AUGCACAAAUAUGCGUAUUUUGUGCAAAUAAUCGCUAUAGUCAUCAUAUUAACCACUUUACUCUAUCUUUUGAGUUGGCUCUUACUCAAAUACGAAAAUCAGCAGGUCAAUAUUAGUGUAAAUACCAAUAAUAAUUCUACUUUGAAAAUUUUUUUCGCCACUCAAACUGGGACUGCCGAGAAUCUAGCUAAUAAACUAUCGGAAGUCAUACAAAAAUGCCUAAGAAUUGAGAUUGUUGUGGUUGAUCUUGAUAAUUUCGAAUUUGACGAACUUCUACACACAAAUAUUGCAAUAUUUAUUGUGUCCACGUGCGGUGAUGGAGAAAUUACUGAUAAUUCCAGAUUUUUUGUUUCUUGGCUUGAAAAUAUACAUGAAAAUUCACUUGUGAAUUUAAACUAUUCACUUUUUGGUCUAGGUAGCCACGAAUAUGAACACUUUAAUGCAGCAUCUAAGCUGUUUCAUCGAAUACUCACUAAAUUAGGAGCAAGUCUCUUGUCACCAGUGGUGUACGGCAAUUCACAAUUUGACAUUGACCCUGAUUUCCAUAGAUGGAUCAAGGAAUUGAUUCCGCGCUUAGCUUUACACUAUGAUAUAAAGUAUUAUGAACCAUUAGAAUUGUCCAAUUCUAGUGUUUAUAAGUCAUGGAGAGAUGUAAAAGGAGUUGAAAAUGAAUUGGUCUAUUUAACUUCUGAUACUGUAAGUUCUGGUGUUAAGGUCGAUAUAAAUAACUUGAGCUUGGUCUGCAGAAGGCAAGCAAAAUGCGUGAAAACAUUGAUUGUUAGCAAACGCUUUUUGAUCGAAAAUGACGUAUGCCAUAUAGAUCUUGCUAACCCCUUCAAAUUAGAACCGGCAGACAAUAUUGCGGUUCUGUACAGAACAAGUGAUAAAGUGCUGGAUUGGUGGGUUAAGAGAUUAAACAUUAAUAGCCAAGAUCUGGAUAAGACAAUUACGUUUAAACCCAUAGAUUCUACUAGAACCAAAAUUGUCCCACCAUUCCUCGUACCUUGUACAUUAUACGACGCGCUAACACUAUAUUGCGAUCUGACUGCAUUGCCACAAGAAUCAGAGCUGUUAAAUUUUACGGCAUUCCUCACAGACGAACAUGAAAUUAAAAUCAUGACAUCAAUAUUGAAUAAUAAGAAGAUUUUCAAUCUAAUGGAAAAGGAUGUUAAAAUGACUCUUAUCGAGUUUGUCGAAUUGUUUAUGUCCUCGGCUGUUUUUGAUCUCUCAGGAUUUUUACAGCUAAUACCCAAAAAGAAUUUGCGGCAAUAUACUAUUUCAUCAAGCCCUCUUUAUGAUCUCUCAUUUUCCAUAACCGUUAAGAAAACUUGGGAGCGACUCCAUCCCCUAAAGAAAUUCCUAAAGCGAUUAGAAAUUAAGGGAUUGAUUCCCAAAUCAUUACUCACUAAACUUGACGAUGUUAAGUCUAGACCAAGGGAAUACAAGGGCGCAUGUUCUAAUUAUUUGGUUGAUUUAGAGUCUGGUAGUGAAGUUUAUGUAUCGCAUAUGCCAUCAAAGUUCAACAUAGACUUGAGAAAUCCUAUGAUUAUGAUUGCUACUGGCACUGGAAUCGCUCCCUUUCGUUCAUUUUGGGAACAUCUAACUUUGUUAAAUAUUAGAAAUGAGAAUAGCGUACUAUUCUACGGCUGUAGGAAUAAGGAUGAGUGGUUAUACAGGGACGAGAUAAAUAGUAUUGUUCAUGGUGGGAAUUCUGUAAUUGGAAAAUUGUUUUUAGCAUUUUCACGGGAGAAGAAUGAAAAAGUGUAUGUGCAACAUAAGAUACUGGAGGAAAGGUGCCUCAUUUUGAAGCACCUGUUUGAAAACCAAGGCAAAAUUUUUGUUUGCGGAAAUCGUGAAAUGGGAAAAUGUGUCAAAGGGGCGCUUAUUUCAAUCAUUAAUGAUCAUACUGGUGUGGCCAAUGGUGCUGCUUGCCUGGAUGGUAUGGUUAAGAACGGAACGUUUGUGUACGAAGUAUGGACCUAG